AUGUCUUUCAAACAGAAGAGAUCCAGUGUGGAGACCCCGGAUGAUAUCGUGAAACAACCUGGGUCUGUGGAGGUGAUCGAUGCCGAACGGAUCAAUGAUGCAGAAAAGUCCCUGGCCCACGCCAGGUUCGAGCAUGGUCUGGGGUUCUGGAAGGCCUGUCAAUUCUAUCGUCCUGCGCUGCUGUGGUCUUGUUUUGUCAAUCUGGCGGUCAUUCUGUGUGGCUUUGACGGUGCCUUGAUCGGCAGUCUUGUUGGCCUGACCCCGUUUGUUCGCACCUAUGGCAGACUGGUGGACGGGCAGUACGCGGUUGCUCCCUCCUGGCUGUCAGCCUUUAACUAUGCGUCAUAUAUAGGCAGCGUGCCGGGCUCGCUGAUUGCAGGAAUUGCCUACGACAAGGCUGGUCCACGGGUGACCCUCGCAGCGGCGUCGAUUGGUUCGAUCGGUUCCAUCUUUCUACAAUUUUUCAGUGAAGGGCCAGCACUUCUUUUUGUCGGUGAGAUGCUCAACGGGUUCAUCACAGGCGCCUAUCCCGUUCUCGCCAAUGCCUAUGUCAGCGAGGUCGCACCGGUCGCUGCGCGUGGUGUCCUGUCCGCUGUGAUCAAUUUGUCCUUUGUCAUUGGCCAGCUAGUGGCGUCAGGGAUGCUCAAGGGAACCAGCACCAUGGACACUAAGUGGGCGUACAAGAUUCCCUUCGCCUCGCAAUGGGUUCUACCCGUCUUCAUCCUCUCGUUCAUCUACUUCUGUCCGACACCCCCAUAUUGGCUCUGUAAACAUGGCCGGCCGAAGGACGCGCGCAAAUCCCUCCAGCGUCUGACUACGUCCACUGUCGAUGUUGACGCGCAUCUCGCUCAUAUCCGGGAAACACUCCGGCUGGAAGAGAGCUCCAAAGACACCAUCAGCAUUCUGGACUGCUUCCGCGGGACCAAUUUGCGCCGUACGAUCAUUUCGUGCCAGGUCUACAACAUCCAGGCGCUCUGCGGCAAUAUCCUCUUCAUCAACUAUGCCGUCUACUUUUUCGAGAUCGCCGGCCUGAAUACCUCCAACGCCUUCUCGAUGAAUGUGGGUCUGACAUGCAUGGGCCUCGUCGGUACGCUAGCCUCGUAUGUCCUCAUCUCGUACGCCGGCCGGCGCACCAUCUACCUGUGGGGCUCGAUCGUCAUGACCCUGCUGCUAUUCCUCAUUGGGGUGUUGGCGGCCGUGCCCCAGCAUGCUUCCGGGCCCGUCUGGGCCAUGUCUGCCCUCAUGGUGGUGUGCAAUCUCGUAUACGACAUGUCCGUCGGGCCGCUCUGUUUCACCGUCAUGUCCGAGGUGUCCUCGGUCCGCCUGAGAGGAGUGACGAUCGCCCUGUCCAACAUCACGGUGGUGAUCUGGUCUGUCAUCUUCGCCGUGGCCAUUCCGUAUGCGCUGGAUACCACCGGUGCCAACUGGGGGGGCAAGGUCGGGUUUCUGUUUGCUGGCAUUGGGGUCUUGGACACGCUGUGGUGCUAUUUCUUUCUGCCGGAGACCAAGGGCCGCACCUUUGAGGAACUGGAUUGGAUGUUUCAGGAGAAGGUGCCCACCCGUCAGUUCGGCCAGUAUCAGUUCACCGAGACGCAUGUGGCUGGGGAGGUUUAG